UCACGCAUGUGUUUGUUUUCUAUUAACAAUGGAUGUGGGGGGGGGGGGGUUCACAUAUUCAGGCUUUAAAAAAAAAUUGUAUUUUUUUUAUAUGUUGUUGAGUCAAAGUUAUGAUUCAUUUUAUAUCACAUUUUUAGUAGUGAUAUAAAGUAGCAAAAGUCACAUAGUUUUUCUUUUCUUUUUGUCCAUAAAAACAAGUCAAGUGAACUUUGAAGCUGUGACGUAUUUCCAAAUUUCAUUUUACUACUUUUUGCUCAGGUGUGUUUAUAUACGUUGGUGAAAAUUGCUUCUUCUUUUUUUUUUUUCAACAGAUUGCUGAAAAAAAGGAUAUAAGACGCUCUAUAUUGCACAUUCUUAUAACCUCUGUAUAUACUGUACAUUUAAACAUAGUAAUAGAAACAAAAUAGCUGAGAUGCUCUGUGUUCUAAGGGUUAAAUGCUGUCAUUGCAUCUGUUGAAAGAUGGAUUUACUUAGCUCUUUAAAAAAAAGGUGUCACAUACAACAGCCUUUUCAUAAAUGCAUCCAUAAAUCUGUAGCCUCAUGUUGAUUUAAAGUCUGUUUGCCUGUUCACCAAAAAAAAGACAGAAAUCAAAACAUCAAACCUUUCUCAUUUUUUUAUUUACCUUUAAAAUCCCAUAUUUCUGUCCAUCUGUGACACACAUUGAAUUGCUUUUGAGUGAUUGAUUCAUAAUCUGGUUCUGCAGCAUUAUUGUUUAUUUCCCUGCAUGAAUCAGAUUCCUCCCCUCACCUGAAGCAUAGUCUUCCGCAGACUUUCUUUGGGACAGCACGGCUUCCAUCAGGUUCCAUUCAGUUCAAUAGCUAAUGGAACAGCCCUUGCCAAAGUGGAGCACCGGUCUCUUUGCCUGUUGUGAGGACUCACAAUCAUGUUGCUUUGGGUUCUGGUGCUGUGCCUGCGUUGCCUGCAGUGUCUCAAAAAAAGCUGGAGAGCACCGUUGUCUCCCCAUGAAUGAUUUUUGCGUAUAUGGCCUGUUGACAGCCGUUGGGAUGCCCCUGUAUGUGCCUCCUGCAGCCUUGUCUCUGAGGGUCGGAAUUCGAAAGAAAUAUGGCAUUGAGAAUUCUCUGUGUAACGACAUCACAGUGUCCUGCUUCUGUGUGUGGUGCUCCUGGUGUCAGAUGCACCGCGAGUUAAAAAUCAGAGAGAAAAGCGAUGCUGUCGUCUUGGUCAACAUGCAGCCUCGUCCACUGAGGGAGGCUCCCACAGCUGCACCUCCUCCCGAUGGCCACGUGGGCACAUCAAGUAUUAUACUGGGUUCUUACUGAGAUUCAUCCACACCAUAAUCACAAUCAGCAACUGUGAGGGUUUUAUUGAAGGUGCUUUUUUUAUCUGCCGCAAUAAUUUUGGCCCAAGCACGAAUGGCAAGGGCCCGAAACAGCUCCUGGCACAUAUUAAAACACUUGUUUUAGCUGUGUGCUGGUGAUUAUUAUUAUUAAUAA